GGAAUUUUUAGAUUUCUUACCCCCAUUUUUUAAAUUAAAAAACCCAAUUAUCUCAUUUCCAUGAAAGGAAUAGUCACAUCUCCCUCCCUCUCUCUCCGCUACCUAUAUAAGCAAUCCUCCACCCCAAUUCCUCAUUCAUACCUCCAAUUCUCUCAUCUCCCUUACAUGAUUGCUUCUCUAGUGGGCCAGACACUUACUCCCAAGACAAUCCGAACCGUCCAUCAUCAAUCGAAGCCGAUGGCCGCCUGCGUCGACAAUCCAAGGAAUGAUACAGCGAAGAAACCGAUCUAUCGCAGCUCCGAUCGGGCCCAGAUGGAGAAUUCACGGUGCAGGUACACUGAAUUCGAUAGACGCAGUUAUGGGAAUUAUACUACAUGUGCGCCUAGGUCCAUUGAUGUGGACCCCGCUCAAGUGUCCAUCGCCGAUCACAACGAAGAGGAGGAAGAUCUGUGGCUGAAAAUCUGCGACGAAGCUCGAUCAGACAUCGAUCAAGAACCCAUCUUAAGGAAUUACUAUUUUGCAGCGAUCCUGUCGCACAAUUCACUGGAACGAGCCCUAGCCAACCAUCUGGCGAAUAAACUGUCCACCACAAAUCUACCGUCCAACGUUCUGUUGGACAUCUUUUCAACGGUUCUGAUCGAUGAUCAUGAGAUCAGGAUGGCGAUCUGGGAAGAUCUAAAGGCUGCAAAAGAGAGGGACCCAGCUUGCAUGAGCUUGGUCCAUUGCCUGCUGAAUUUCAAAGGGUUUCUAGCAUGCCAAGCACAUCGAGUGGCACAUAAGCUAUGGAUCAACGGUCGAAAAGUGCUGGCUCUCUUGAUCCAGAACCGUGCAUCGGAGGCAUUUGCGGUGGAUAUUCAUCCAGGGGCGAAGAUCGGACAUGGGAUCUUAUUCGAUCAUGCGACUGGGGUUGUGAUCGGAGAGACGGCUGUGAUCGGAGAUGAUGUGUCCAUUCUACACAAUGUAACAUUAGGUGGGACCGGAAAAGUGUCCGGUGACCGGCAUCCGAAGAUCGGAAACGGGGUGUUGGUGGGUGCUGGGACCCACAUUCUAGGGAAUGUGAUGAUCGGUGAGGGGGCGAAGAUUGGAGCUGGAUCUGUGGUUUUGAAGGAGGUCCCACCAAGAACAACGGCUGUCGGUAAUCCGGCUAGAUUAGUUGGAGGGAAGGAGAAUCCAGUUAAGUUGGAUAAGUUGCCUAGUUUUACUAUGGACCAUACAUCAUUUAUUAAUGAAUGGUCGGAUUAUGUUAUUUAGGUGGGCCCC